GCCUCGACGACAGCUUCCCGACUGCAUCCAUUUGUACGACCCCAGUAGUCCCUUUGUUAUUCCAACGACAUCUCGCUGCACCCUGCCGCCGCAAUCACAAUGGCAGAUGAUACGAGGAAUGGCGCGAUGGAACAGCAAUCCCGGCCUCGUCGUGGCCUGCUGCCGCCUGGUUUGGUUGACCUUAUGGGUCCGCCCCUGAAAGUUGGCGCCUUGACUGGUUCCAUUGGCAUGUUCAGUGGCAUCGCCGCCGGCAUUGUCCGCGACACCACACCAGCGCUGUUCGCUCUGGCAUCCGGCAUCCAAUGGUUCGCCCUCGGCUCAAGUUAUUGGCUCUCGAGGACAGUAGUGAUGAGCGCGUGGGGUGGUGAAGAGAAGCUCUCCAACUCCUCCAAGGCUCAGGCGAGUGCUAUUGCGGGAGGUACGGCAGGCAUGGUCGGGGGUUUGAUCCGUGGUCCGAGAAACAUCGUGCCCGGCGUUAUAGUCUUUUCGCUUAUUGGAGGAACCGGCCAGGCGUUCUACAACAGUUUGCAGGGCCGGCCCGAGGUUACCGAAAAGAAGAAGAGUUUCUUCGAUUCGACCUGGAGUCCUCUGAAGAAACUCUCGGAUGACGAGUACCGUGAGAUGAUCGACGAGAAGAUGCUCAAGAUCGAUGCCGAGAUCGCUCUCAUCGACGAUAAGAUUGCCGAGUUGCGCGCAGCAAAGGCGGCCAACCCCCCGCCGCCUCGUCAGGACGUAACACAACCCCCGGCGUCCAGGAGUUAGGCUGGUAGAUGUUCGUCCCCCCUGUAUAAAAUCAUUUCACCAUCGUAUUAGUAUCAUGUACCAACAAGCAUAUACUGCACUUCAAAGACAUCUGGAAGUUAUUUGAGCGCUUCUUCGCUUCAA